AUGAAGGGAUCAAAAGGAAUAUGGCAGUUGUAUUGUGUUGUGUUGUUCCUUGCCUUAUCAUUUGGUCUAAGUAAUCCAUGGCGAUGGCCGUCGACACCUUUCACAAAGAACUUCGUGCGCAUCGUCAACAACCUCAGCAAUAACCAAUCAUUCACAUCUCAUUGUAAAUCCAAUGACAACGAUAUUGGUUUCCAUACUCUCGCUCCUAACGAGCAGUACGAAUGGAAAUUUCGUGUCAACAUGAUCAGUUCGACACUGUACUUUUGCAACUUCUGGUAUAAGGACUACCAUAACGUUUUUGACGCCUUCAAAGCCAAGUAUGAGUUUAUUUACGAUUGUGGUGGAGCUCAUUGCGUAUGGAAAGCCAAAGAUGAUGGGAUAUACUUGACUCAAGGCCAGACGAUGGAAGAUAAGAAAUGGUUUGAUUGGAAAAAAGAAUGA